AGGAGGAGCAGGGAGGUCUGGGGUGGCGGAAUGGGGGUUGCUUUGCAAUAGCCGCCGGGAUUGAGGGAGGCUGCUUUUGCCGGGCCCGCCCCUUUUUUACCACGGGAGAGGGGUCUGGCUGGGGCAGCUCGAGGCGUCUACAUGAGGGAAAGCAGCAGGGUCACCUACCCCCUUUCCCCCCACCAUCAUCGGAAGGAUGAAGGCAGUCCAGAGCAACACCGAGGAAUCAGAGAAACUGAAUAAGAUGAGUUCCCUUCUGGAAAGACUUCAUGUCAAGUUUAAUCCCAACAGCAGACCUUGGACAGAAACCAUGAAGCUUGUUAGACAAGUUAUGGAAAAACGAGUUAUCAUGAAUUCUGGAGGUCACCAGAAUCUUGUCACUUGCUUGGAAACUUUGCAGAAGGCUUUAAAAGUAUCAUCUCUGCCUGCUAUGACAGAUCGCUUAGAGUCCAUUGCUAGACAAAAUGGUCUUGGAUCUCAUCUUAGUGCAAAUGGCACUGAAUGCUACAUAACAUCUGACAUGUUCUAUGUGGAAGUCCACUUGGAUACUACAGGACAACUGCGUGAUGUCAAGGUGGCACAUCAUGGAGAAAACCCAGUGAGCUGCCCAGAACUGGUACACCAUCUAAGAGAGAGAAACUUCAAUGAAUUUUCUAAGCAUCUUAAGGGUCUUGUCAAUCUAUAUAAAUUGCCAGGUGACAACAAAUUGAAAACUAAAAUGUAUUUGGCUCUACAGUCCUUGGAGCUUGAUCUUUCAAAGAUGGCAGGAAUGUAUUGGCAAGCCACCAAUGCAAGCCCCUUGGACAAAAUUCUGCAUGGCAGCGUGGGCUAUCUCACCCCUAGAAGUGGUGGUCACCUGAUGAAUCUGAAGUAUUAUGUUUCUCCUUAUGAUUUAUUUGAAGAAGGCACUGGAGUUCCCACCAUUCUGAAUGAGAAUAAUGUUCCUCGUUACCUAGGCAUGAAUGUGUGUGUUACAAUUGAGGGAACCUUAACUAUGAACAAACUUCCAAUUGCCCCUCUGAUUAUGGGGACUCAUCCUGUUGAUAACAAAGGGACACCCUCAUUCUCCUCAGUUACCAGUGCCAAUAGUGUUGAUUUGCCAGCUUGCUUCUUUUUGAAGUUUCCAAAACCUGUUCCUGUUUCUCAGGCUUUCAUUCAGAAACUUCAGAACUGCACCGGUAUCCCGUUGUUUGACACUCCUCCAUCAUAUGUCCCAUUAUAUGAGCUCAUCACACAGUUUGAGCUAUCCAAGGAGGAGGAGGAGGAUCUGUGUCCUUUAUACCAUAAUAUGCGCUUUUAUGCUGCCUUGCCAGGACAACAGCAUUGUUAUUUCCUCAACAAAGAUGCCCCAUUGCCAGAUGGACGAAGCCUUCAAGGAACACUGCUUAAUAAAAUUGCUUUCCACCAUCCUAGUCGAGUGCCUCUCAUUCUCAGUAUGAUCAGGCAUCAGGUGGCCUACAAUACACUAAUAGGCAGCUGUGUCAAGCGAACCGUUUUAAAAGAAGAUUCCCCUGGCAUCCUGCAGUUUGAAGUCUGCCCUCUUUCUGACUCCUGCUUCAGUGUAUCUUUUCAGCACCCUGUUAAUGACUCCUUAGUUUGUGUGGUAAUGGAUGUACAAGAUUCUACCCAUGUGAACUGCAAAUUGUACAAAGGGCUUUCUGAUGCACUCAUCUGCACAGAUGAUUUCAUUGCAAAGGUUGUUCAAAGGUGCAUGUCAAUUCCUGUGACUAUGAGAGCCAUAAGGAGGAAGGCAGAGACAAUCCAAGCAGACACACCAGCUUUGUCCCUCAUUGCUGAGACAGUUGAAGACAUGGUGAAGAAGAAUCUGCCACCUGCAAGCAGCCCAGGAUAUGGCAUGACUACUGGCAACAACCCAAUGAGUGGCACCACCACCCCAACCAGUACUUUCCCUGGCGGCCCCAUCUCCACUUUAUUCAGUAUGAGCAUGGGCAUCAAAGAACGGCAUGAUUCAGUGGGACAUGGGGAGGACUUCAGCAAAGUGUCUCAGAACCCCAUUCUUACAAGUUUGCUACAAAUCACAGGCAAUGUAGGCUCUACCAUUGGCUCUAGUCCCACUCCUCCACACCACACACCUCCCCCUGUGUCAUCUCCUGCAAGCAACACCAAAAACCAUCCAAUGCUUAUGAAUCUUUUGAAGGACAAUGCUGCUCAAGAUUUCUCAACUCUUUAUGGAAGCAGUCCACUUGAGAGACAGAACUCUUCCUCUGGCUCUCCAAGGAUGGAAAUGGGACCAGGGGGCAAUAAGCAAAAAAAGAAAAAAUCACGUGUGUUGGUGGAUAAACCAAAGCAUCAGACUGAAGAUGACUUUCAGAGAGAGCUGUUUUCUAUGGAUGUUGAUUCCCAGAACCCCAUAUUUGAUGUCAACAUGACCACUGACACCUUAGAUACUCCUCAUAUUACUCCAGCACCCAGUCAGUGCAGCACCCCUCCAACAACCUAUCCACAGUCUAUACCUCAUGCCCAAUCCAGUAUUCAGAGAAUGGUCCGGCUCUCCAGUUCAGACAGCAUUGGUGCUGAUGUUACAGAUAUUCUUUCUGAUAUAGCAGAAGAAGCAUCCAAACUGCCGAAUACCAAUGAAGAUUGUCCUCCUAUUGGGACACCAAUAAGGGACUCAUCCAGUUCAGGGCAUUCCCAAAGUGCCCUUUUUGAUCCAGAUGUUUUUCAGUCAAACAACAGUGAAAAUCCAUAUACUGAUCCAGCUGAUUUGAUUGCUGAUGCUACUGUAAGCCCAAACAGUGACUCUUCAAAUCAGUUCUUCCCAGAUGGAGUUGACUUCAACCCUGAUCUCCUGAACAGCCAGAGCCAAAGCGGUUUUGGAGAAGACUAUUUUGAUGAUAGCAGCCAGAGCGGAGACGCUGAUGACUUCAAGGGCUUUGCACCACAAACGAUAAGUACUCUGGGUGUGCAAGUACUGGGGGGAGAUGGAGGGGAGAGUAAGUUCAAGGCAAUCAGCCAAGCGGACACAGUCGACUUUAGUAUUAUCACAGCUACCAGCAAGGCUCUGGGAGCCUCUGAUGUAUUGGAGCAUCAUAGUGGAAGCCAGAGCCCCUUACUGAGUAUGGGAGAAUUGGGGAAAGAGAAAUCACAGAAGCGGGUCAAAGAGGGUAAUGGAUCUGGGAGUUCUUUAACGGGCCCUGGGCUGGAUGGCAAGGGUGGAAAACGCAAUCGCACCCCAUCCAGUGAUGGAAAGAGUAAAGAAAAGGUCCAGAAGCGGAGGAAGGUGGAGCCAGAAGGCAAGUCUCCUUCUCAUAGUACAUCCACCAGACCUUUCACCCCACCAGCAAGCACAGGUGGCUCAAAAUCUCCUGGAAGUUCAGGCAGGUCUCAAACACCCCCUGGGGUAGCUACUCCUCCCAUCCCUAAAAUCACCAUCCAGAUUCCCAAGGGAACAGUGACUGUUGGCAAACCUUCCCAUGGGCAAUACACAAGCAGUGGCUCAGUCUCUUCUUUGAGCAGCAAAAGUCAUCACAGUCAUUCCUCCUCCUCUUCUUCGUCCUCUUCGUCAUCGUCAUCCUCUUCGUCUUCCUCCUCGACAUCAGGCAAAAUAAAGAGCAGCAAGUCGGAUGGGUCUUCGGGGUCCAAGAUGAGCGGCAGCCUCUACUCAGGCCAAGGCAGCUCUGGUUCAGGUCAGUCCAAAAGCUCCACCCAAUCAGUGGGCAAGCCUGGGUCCUCCCCCAUCACAAAACACGGCCUCAGCAGCGGCUCUGGAGGUACCAAGAUCAAACCUCAAGGGAAGCCUUCGUCGCUUAUGAACCCUUCCAUGAGUAAACCAAACAUUUCUCCUUCUCAUUCUAGACCCUCGGGCGGUUCUGACAAGCUGGCCUCUCCGAUGAAACCUGUUCCAGGUACUCCCCCGUCAUCUAAAGCAAAGUCCCCUAUUAGUUCCGGCUCUGGAGGUUCACACAUUCCUGGGACAGGAUCAAGUUCAAGCAUGAAGUCAUCUUCAGGGAUGGGAUCUUCCAGUUCCAUGUCCCAGAAGCCGCCUCCUUCUUCAAAUUCUUCAAUGGGAUCUUCAUCUUCCUUUUCAUCCGGCAGCUCUUCCAUGUCUUCAUCUCAGAAUCAGCAUGGGAGUUCCAAAGGCAAGUCUCCAAGCCGAAACAAAAAGCCAUCUCUGACUGCUGUCAUUGACAAACUCAAACAUGGGGUGGUCACCAGUGGCCCCACAGGGGAAGAUUCAGUGGAUGGACAGAUGGUCCAGAAUUCCAGUUCAUCAGGCCACUCCAUGUCCUCCAAGCACAAUCUGUCAGGAAAUGAAUUGCAGGGGAAACGAGAAAGAACUGACAAGGAGAAAUCCAAAAUCCCUGCUUCAGGAGGUUCCACUGAAUCUUCCAAGAAAGCAUCUGAUUCAAAGAGUGUUGGAAGCACUGGAGUGGCCAAAAUCAUAAUUAGUAAACAUGAUGGCGGUUCUCCUAGUAUUAAAGCCAAAGUUACCUUGCAAAAACCUGGGGAAGGAAGUGGGGAUGGCUUAAGGCCUCAGAUGUCAUCUUCCAAAAAUUAUGGAUCACCCCUGAUAAGUGGAUCAACUCCAAAGCAUGAGCGUUGUUCUCCUAGCCAUAGUAAGUCACCUGCAUAUACACCCCAAAAUAUUGACAGUGAGAGUGAAUCUGGAUCAUCUAUAGCAGAAAAAUCCUAUCAGAAUAGCCCCAGCUCUGAUGAUGGAGUUAGGCCUCUUCCAGAAUAUAGCUCAGAAAAGCAUAAGAAACACAAAAAGGAAAAGAAGAAAGUGAAAGAUAAAGAUCGUGACAGGGAUCGUGACAAAGAGAGAGACAAAAAGAAAUCUCACAGCAUAAAGCCAGAAAACUGGUCUAAAUCUCCCAUCUCUUCAGAACAGUCCCUGUCUAUGACAAGCAGUGCCAUCCUUACAUCAGAUAGACCAUCUAGGCCCAGCCCUGAUUUCUUAAUUGGGGAGGAAGAUGAUGAUCUCAUGGAUGUUGCCCUGAUAAGGAAUUGAGAAUAUUUGUAAGUUGUACGUGUGUGGAAUGUUUAAUUUAUGUUUUUUUUUAAAAAAACAAAAUCAUUAAAAUUGUGAGCAUGGGUACAAGUAAAUCAUACCUGAUUUGGACAGCUAAUGAACUCUGUGUCUGUUUGUGACAGAGAUACACACAC